AUGUCCUCCAACCCGCGAUCCAAUGUUGCUGGCACCUGGCUCCAGGGAAAGACAAUUCGCAAGGGUAGCAACUUGUCCGCCUCAUCAGCUCUUCGCUCAGCAUCCCACACACGGUCGACCACGCCUUCCGUCGUCGGGUCGACCUCCACCUCUUCGGCACCGACAAGCAUCUUUCUGGGCGGAGGGGCGGGAGGGGGUGUCAAGGAUCCUUCGGGUAGGGUGUCUGAAUUCUCUUCAGCAGACGACCAAUGUCCGGUAUGCAAGAGCGACCGCUACUUAAACAACAAACUGCGCCUCCUUGUAAGCACUUGCUACCACAAAAUGUGUGAAUCAUGUAUUGACCGCCUGUUCACCCUUGGGCCCGCUCCAUGCCCCGCACCCGGCUGCACGAGGGUGCUGCGCAAACUCGCGUUUAUGCCGCAGACGUUCGAGGAUCUGGGCGUAGAGAAGGAAGUCGCUAUACGCCGUAGGAUAGCGAAAGAAUUCAACAAAAGGAGAGAAGACUUCCCCGACCUUCGCUCGUUCAACGAUUAUCUGGAAGAAGUGGAGGAUAUUACGUUUAAUCUCAUAAAUGAGAUUGACCUUCCGAAGACGGAAGCUCGAAUACUUCAAUAUCGCACCGAGAAUGCUGCCAUAAUCGAGCUCAACAUACAACGGGAGGAGGCUUACGCACAGUCCCUCAAAGAGCAGGAAGAAUCAGAACGCCGAGAGCGCGAGCAACGCGCUGCUAAGCUUCGGCGGCAAGAAGAGGAGGAGCGCGAAGAGAAGGAGAAAGACAAACGGGAACUCAUCGACAAGCUGGAGAACAGCCAGACGGAUGCGCGGAAAGUAGUUGCGCGCUCGCGGGCGGAGGCGCAGAAGCGGUCGAGUGCAAGGGCGGCAUCGGGGAACAAGGGCAUGAUAUCCGCCGCAGAGACGACGCGGGCGCUGCGGACGCGGGCGGCGCAGAACGCUGUGCCCGACCCGCCGCACGUACCGCUUCAGGACGACUACUAUGCGUAUGAGGAUAUGUUUGUGAUGCAGCCCGGGGGGUAUGAUGAUGUGAUGAGCGAAGCCGUACGGAGAGAUAGGGAGGGGAUCAUGCGUGGUGGUGGGUAUCGCGUUGAGGAGGCUUGGGAACGCGCGCUCAGGAGCUCGGUGGCUGGUUUGGAUUUGAUGCCUCGCGGCGGGGAUGUGAUAAUGACCUCUUCUUCCUGA